GCCAUUUUCAAGUUCCCAUCAGUAGAAGAAGGUGCUAAAUUUCAGAAAUGAGCUUGCUUUUAAGAUUAAAGCAUCAUUUACCUAAUGGGUUGUGCAAAAAAUCCCAUCUUGUAGUUCUUAAUGCUUUCAGCCAUAAUGGGGCAAUCGAGAAAUUUUGGUCAGCCUGCAAGGAAAGUGGAAGAGGAUGAGGAAGAAGUGGAGAUUGAUCCAAGGAGGCUUCCAGCUGAUUAUGAUCCAGCGAAUUUUGAUCCAACUGAACAUCGGGGUCCUCCGACGGAGCGUGUUUGGAGGCUGGUAGAUGAAAUAUCAGGGCUUACAUUGGCUGAAAUUGCGGAACUGGGUUCUAUAAUAAUGAAGAGACGGGGGAUGACGGAGCCGCCGGCGGUCGGGGUUAUGAAAGCUGGUACUGCUGGAUUUGCUGGAAUGGCAACAAAGGCAUCAGCUGCGUCUGCCAUGGAGGAGCAGAAACCGGAGAAGACUGUUUUUGAAUUGAAAUUGGAAUCAUAUGAAGCGGCUACAAAGAUCAAGAUAAUCAAGGAAGUUAGAUCUUUUACUGAUUUGGGUCUUAAGGAAGCUAAGGAUUUGGUGGAGAAGACCCAUUCAGUGUUGAAAAAGGGAGCCUCCAAGGAAGAAGGAGAGCAGAUAAUUGAGAAGAUGAAAGCUCUUGGAGCAAAGGUUGUAUUGGAAUAAAUGAUGGAGUCAUCAGAUUACUACUGCAGCAGUUUGAUGAUGUUAAGGUCAUGCACAUUUUGCAGGACCAACAAGAGUUUACCCAAGUCGGCACCUAUUAACUAUUUGGGAGCUUGAUAUUCUUUCUUAUUGCAGUGAUAAUCUUUCUUAUCGGCCAAUUCAAAGACAGUCAUUCAGCCCAAGGGAAGCUAAUGGUCCUUGUACAUCUUUUGAUCAAACAUGCGGUCUUAAUGGAACCGGAUUCUGUUCUUGUUGAUGUUCCCACUUAUGCAGCUGCUGCAGUAGCCCAUGAUGGGGGAGCUUUGGGGCGGUAUGGAACCCAGAUUAACUUCUUU